UUGUAGGUGGCUACAAUGGAAGAGAAAAGACAAGUUGCCACUAUCGAAAAAGGUGUUGGAACAGAUGAUCAAGUCAAUCACAUCAUGAGCUUGAUGGAUACUAAUGAUAAGGGCAAGCGGAUCGUUGUCUUUGUCCACGGAGAAGGUGGGAUUGGCAAGACAACUCUUGCAAAACUCGUGUACAACCAAGUCUGCUGUGAAUUCGAUGGCUGUAGCUUCCUUGCAGAUAUUGGAGAAACAACUCAAGUAUUUGGAGGGCUUCAGCUUUUGCGAACCAAGUUGAUUUCUGAUGUUCUAAAACGGGAACUUGAGGAUGUUGCUUUUGUCAACAGGGGAAUUGAGUUUUUCAGGGACUUAUUCUGCAACAUGAGAGUUCUCAUAAUCCUUGAUGAUGUGGAAAAUGUGUUUCAUCUCCAGAAACUCAUUGGAGAUUUCUUUGAUUGCUUUGCUUCUGGAAGUAGGAUCCUUGUUACCACCAGAAACAGUGUCAUCCCAGAAGAGUCUCCUCAGAUCCGGACAUAUCAUGUUAGUUGGUUGGAUAAUGAUCAGGCUCUUCAACUCUUUAGGCAACAUGCAUCCAUACCAACUUCUUCCUCACAUAGCAACUUCGUGCUUUCUCACCAUGCUCGUAAUACUAUGGCAGGACUUCCAUUGUUCAUUGAAGUUAUGGCUGCAGUAUUCCAUGGUAAAACCUGGAUGGAAUGGAAUAAAUUACAACGGCAUUGGUGGUCACAAUACAGCCUCUGGGAUUUUCAGAGAAUUUUGAAGGAAGCAUGUCUAGAAAUAAAUUAUGGGAAGAAACAGAUAUUUCUGGAUAUUGCCUGCUUUACCACCGGCGUAGAUAGUCGAGUUGCUUUUUACCUAUGGUAUGACUUCUCUUUCCUCCCUUCGAUUGAAAUUCCCACUCCCCUAGCCAAAAUUGGAGAAAACAAUCAGAUAUGGAUGCAUAGCAUGUUGAGGCGGCUUGGCAGAGAAAUCGUUCGUGGGGAGAGUCUUGCAGAUCCAGGAAGGCGGAGUAGAUUAUUUAAUCAUGAAAUAGCUCUCCAUACGAUAAAGCAGAAAAAGGUGAAAGGAACAGAAAAGGUUGAGGCACUCUGUCUUAACUUUCAUCAGCGUACUUCAGACAAACUCACACCAGAAGAUUUUAAGAGCAUGCCAAACUUGCGGUUUCUCCAAUUGGAUCAUGCAGUCAUUGCCGGAGAUUUCGCUAACGUUUUUCCAAAUUUAAGGUGGCUCCGUUGGCGAGGAUGUCCUCGACAUCUGCAAGUAACUAAUUUUCACUUAGGAAACUUGACGAUUCUCGACUUGUCCUGGAGCGAAGUCACGAAAGACUGGGAAGGCUGGGAUCAAUUCAAGAUGCAAAACUUGAGAGUUCUAGAUCUUACAGGUUGUACGGACUUAUUAGUCACUCCUAAGUUCUCUAGUUGCCAAAAUCUGGCCAUGUUGAUUCUGGAGCGAUGUUCACAAUUGGUCAAGAUAGAUAAUUCGAUCGGCGAUUUGAAGUGCUUGGUUUCCCUGAAUUUGAAGUUCUGCACAGAGCUCAGCAUGUUGCCGGUAGAAGUGGGUCACCUGACAGCUCUGAAAGAGCUUCUCAUGGACGGGACUUCGGUACAAGAAAUUCCCAUCUCCAUUGGUCAUUUAAAGCAGCUUGAAACUCUGAGCGCCUCAAACUGCUUCUCAUUGAGUCAGCUACCGAGAACAAUAUGUCACCUGACAAGUAUCUCACUUCUUUCCCUGGACGGCUCCAGAAUCACAGCACUUCCCGAUUCCGUUGGAGAACUGGUCAGACUUAAACACUUGUCACUGAGGGAUUGCCGCCGAAUAAGAAAACUUCCAAACUCCAUUGGCAAUAUAGGGAGAUCGUUAGUCGAGUUAGACGUGUCGGGGAGUGGCAUUUCCAAGUUUCCAGAUUCGCUAAAAAAACUGCAGAAGUUGAAGGUGCUGAGAAUGGAUUCUUGUUUCUUUAGUGAGUUCCCUCCUGGUAUCGGAGAGCUGACUAGCCUUGAAGAAAUAUAUGCCUCCUGGUGUCGGAGUCUCGAGGGAGGCGUUCCGAGCGAGAUCGGGAAACUGCAAAAUCUGAGAAUCUUGAGGCUGCGACAUUCUACUAUUUCCAGCAUACCGGCAGAGAUCCACCAACUUUCCAAUCUUCGGACCCUUGAUUUACUUCACUGCGACAUGAUCAAAGAGUUGCCAACGCUUCCCUCUAGCAAAACGAUUUUGUACGUAGAUGAUGAACUGAAGUCUUCGCAUCUGCCGUAGCUAUGCCUCUGAUGAAUGCUAGGCUCUACAGACCCUGGCGAAAUGAUGGCCUUUCCAUUUACCUUUAUGUUUCAUUCCAGAUUUGAAUAUGGAUGUCACCAAAAGGAUGUGUUUUUCUGAAGUUUGCGAAGUCGUUUCAUCUGAAAACAUGGUAACUUUGUACGCGUGUAUACGUGUAUGUACUCAUCCCUAUGAUAAAUUUCCUUAAUGACCGAGGCGAAAAUUUCUAA